AUUAGCGGGACUAAUUUGGAAAACUUCCACCAAAUAAACAGUGACACUGACACCAUCUCUUCUCCCGCUCUCGGUUAUCUCGCUCAUGCAACAACACACACACACACAGUGAACAACUACCAUGGCGGCCACCAUCUUAAGGUCUCCAAAAAUCCAACCCCCUCCUCCUGAAACAACCACCUCAAAUCUCUCAUCCCUCACUCACAUCUCCUUCACUCCAUUACCUAAACGACGUCGUUAUCUCUCGAUCUACGCCUGCGCCGACGGUUCCGGCAACAGCCCAUUCGGAGGCAAUAUUAAGAAAGGUCAAGCAAUUGAGCUUAAUAAAGUCAAUGAUGAACAUCCUUAUGAAUUCAAUGCCAAGGAUUCACCUAAUCCCCUUCCAAGGCCAUUGACGUCGGCUGAUUUGAGCAAUAUGGCAUCCGAAGGGUCUCGUCUUCGGGUUGCUUAUCAGGGAGUGCGUGGUGCUUACAGUGAAUCAGCAGCAGAGAAAGCAUAUCCAAACUGUGAAGCAGUUCCCUGUGAACAAUUUGAUACUGCUUUUGAAGCUGUUGAAAGGUGGCUUGUUGAUAGAGCAGUUUUACCUAUAGAAAACUCUUUAGGGGGGAGUAUUCACAGGAAUUAUGACCUUUUACUGAGACACCGUCUACAUAUAGUUGGAGAAGUCAAACUUGCAAUUCGGCACUGUUUAAUGGCUAACAAUGGCGUCAAAAUUGAAGACCUGAAAAGAGUUCUUAGCCAUCCUCAGGCUCUUGCACAGUGUGAGAACACAUUAACAAAGUUAGGGUUGGUCAGAGAAGCUGUGGAUGAUACUGCUGGUGCAGCCAAGUAUAUUGCUUUCCAAAAACUAAAAGAUGCAGGGGCAGUUGCAAGUUUGGCUGCAGCUAGGAUCUAUGGUUUGAACGUGCUUGCACAAGAUAUUCAGGAUGACUCUGAUAAUGUUACUCGCUUCCUUAUGCUGGCUAGGGAGCCCAUUAUUCCUGGUACUGAUAAACCAUUCAAGACAAGUGUGGUCUUUUCGCUCGAUGAAGGUCCUGGUGUGCUUUUCAAGGCACUUGCGGUUUUUGCUAUGCGAAAUAUCAACCUUACUAAGAUUGAGAGUCGUCCGCUGCAAAAGCAGGCUUUGCGGGUGCUUGAUGAUAGUACAGAUGGGUUUCCAAAAUACUUUCCUUACCUUUUCUAUGUGGAUUUCGAAGCAUCUAUGGCUGACCAAAGGGCUCAAAAUGCUCUGGGGCAUCUCAAGGAAUUUGCAACCUUUUUGCGAGUAUUAGGGAGUUACCCUUCAGAUAGUGGUGUAGCUUGACAUUUACAAGCAUUAAUUGCUAAUGCAGGCAAUCACACUCUAUGUAAGACGCACGCUGGUGAAAUUGGUAUUUACUCUAUCCAAUUGCUGCAAUGUCAUUAUAGAUACCAUGCAGCACUACAGUACGUCCUCAGCGGUUCUGUUGAUACCAUGAUACAGUUUUCUUUUGCCUAACUGCAAUUUGAUACGUGUAAUUACUGGUGUUCUUUUUUUUUUAAAUUAAAAAAUAUCCCAGAAUCUAUCCUCUUUUCUUGUGUUCCUCUUUAUUUUCAAUCCCAGAUCCGUUUCCUUAGGUUCCCGGGUCCGGAUCGUAUUGGUUUUUGAAGGAGUGAAAUGUAGAAGAGCAGAGAAUAGAUGUAUUCAUCUGUCUUUUGUUAGAAGUAUUUAUUUAUCAAGAACAGAGAUGAUUAUUGCAUCUGGCAACUUGCAACUA